GCAGCAGCCUCGGUGUGGUGACACUUGUCGCCUCUGACUCACAGCCAGCGUUAGCUCGGGUCGGGCCCGGUUGGGUUAGGUUGGGUCGGGUCGGUACCUUACCUUCCUCACUCGCACAGUACAUAUUAUGGCGGCCGCGGAUCCCCGGUCGUCGAGUGACGGCGGGCCGGCCAGCAGAGGAGGAUUCCCGGCCGGGGAGAGCAGCAACGACCGCGACGGGCCGGGCGGCAGCAGCAGCGGCGGCGGCAGCGGGGAGGGCGACCGGGAGCGAGACCGGGCCACCUUCGAGUGUAACAUCUGUCUGGACACGGCCAGGGACGCGGUCAUCAGUAUGUGCGGACACCUGUUCUGCUGGCCCUGUCUGCACCAAUGGUUGGAGACGCGGCCCAGCAGGCAGCAGUGUCCUGUUUGUAAAGCGGGCAUCAGCAGAGAGAAAGUCAUCCCGCUGUACGGCAGAGGGAGCUCCAGCCAAGAGGACCCCAGGUUGAAAACUCCACCUCGGCCUCAGGGACAGAGAACAGAGCCAGAGAGUCGAGGCGGGAUGUUUCAUGGUUUCGGUGACACUGGCUUUCACAUGUCUUUCGGCAUCGGUGCUUUCCCCUUCGGCUUCUUCACAACAGUCUUCAACGCCAACGACCCCUUUCACAGAGCAGACCAGUAUGCAGGUGAUCACCAAGGCAAUGGGAACCUCAACAACGGCAAUAACAACUGGCAAGACUCCCUCUUCCUGUUCGUGGCCAUCUUCUUCUUCUUCUGGCUGCUGAGCGUGUGAUGGACGGCGGACAGAACGGACGGAUGGUUCGAUUGAUGAGCAGGAGGGAGGAGCGCAAAAUAAAAACAAAAACUCUCACACACUUAAACUCCAGCCACAGACACACACACACACUGACUCAUUAUACAUUUCCUAGCAGGUACUAACUUGGGAGAGAGAGGUAUUGUGUUUGAUCCCAAAACAAGAAAUACAGGAUUUAUUAUAGAUGUAAUGUUUGGUUUCUCCUCCUGGCAAAAGCAGAUUCAUUUUUUAGGAUUCUCAGCCCCGCCCACCUGCUUUGUUGAUUUUGUUUAUGCAAGAAACACUGGAAAGUCACGGUGCGUGAAUCCAAAAUAAUAAGUCAUGUUGGCCCUCCCUCUCUACAUGCACCUGUAGAUAUAUGCACACAGAACAUUGAGACAGUAUUAAGUGUUCAGGAGGAGCUAUGUAUUUAAAGGAUUUUUUUUUUGGUGUAUAAAAGAGGUGGGUGGAGGAUAUUUCGAGGCAGUGACUAAUUCUGUUUUGGGUUUUUCACAUUCCUCUUGAAGGCUUGUGGUUGUGGAAGUGGGGUUCAAACAGAGAGGAGAGGGAAAGGGAUGAGACAACGUAGUUGUUACUUUAGCAGCUUUUCUUACUCUAAAAAGGCCAAAGAGUAGCGGAUCAGUCAUAUACGAUGUCGGGAGGGUGAAAAAUGUGAUUGAAUUAUGUUCCUGUUUACAGUUUCCUCGUGAAUUGAACUCCUACAAUUUGCAACUUACUCUUGAAAACUGACGGACAGAUAUAGCACAGAUGGAUUUUUUUAUAUACAUUUGUCUUAAAACCUGCCAUUGCACUGUGAAGUCAUUUGUAGACAGAGAUGCCCUAAAGGUCGGAGCGCGUUCUGUUGUUUAACCACUUGUUGCGUCUUUUCCUCACAAAACUGUGCAAACAUGGAGAAGCGUAUCAUAAAAGGGCAAAUUUGGGAGAAUUUUGCAUUAAAAUGAACAAAUUGAGAGAGUAAAACACAACUGACAAACAGUUUGUUAAUUACAGAGCAAAUUGUCUGAUAAAGUAGCUCAAUGAGGUGCUAGACAAUACAUCAUGACGGCAGAGUCGAUAAGUGAGGAGAAUCCUUUGAGUUAGUCGUGAAAAUCUCGGCACGCUAAGAAUUUACAGGAACGACAACAGUUCAGUGAACCGUCACAGUUGAUUUGUUCUUUUCCUGACUGUAUGUCUGUGUGUCUGAGUGAGUGUGUAAACAUUAUAUAUUUGUAUAUAUGAAUAUUGUAAAUGCUGUUUUUACGUGUUUUCUGAGUGGACGACCAGCCACAGAGGGAGAUAGAGGACGAGAUGAGCGAAUGGGCCUCGAGAUGCUUUUUGUAAAGUGAGAAAUGAUCUGGUUCCUGGUUUUUCAUUAAUUCCUUCCUUUUACUUGAGAAAAGGCUUGCAGCCCUAGUUAAUAACUCUUCUGCCAACUUCUCCCAUUAAUAAAAGUUUGUCCUUCCCUGCUAAUGUGAUUUCAUAUGAGGAUAUUUUUUCUCUCUUGUAACUGACUUUAAAUUAAAUGAAAGAUCUGCCUUUUACUAUACAAACUAAAGCAGUUGAGCAGCGUUAACUAAAGUCACACACAUUCGUCUUAAAGGGAUAGUUUGAUUUUUUUUUUUUAAGUGGGGUUGUAGUGAGGUACUAUCAUCACUAGAUGACUGUCAGCACGGCCCAGUUUGGAGAGGCAGGCAGUCGUACCGACAAAAAAAGCUAAGCAAUGUACUGCUGUGGACUGAGGCAGCAGGUAAAGUUUAUUUUAGCCACCUAAAAAAUCUACAUUUGUACCCUUUAAUUGGAAUAUUCUCAAUGCUUUACCUUACAGCCUGUAACGGAGGGAAACUGAAGCCGUUAUAUCGAUCAAAGCCACUACACUUCUUCGAGAAAACCAGUAAUUUCACCUCGCAAAACACAGGAGUUGCUGGUCUACUGCUGCCUCAAUCGGUUAGUUUGUUUGUGUUAUUGGGUGACUUCUGUGUUUUAAAGGGUUAGUUUACAUUCACCAAAGUCACAAUAACACAAACAAACUGAUUGGUGCAGCAGCAGUUGAGCAACUCCUGUGUUGUAUGAGGAAAUAUUUGUGGUUUUGUCAAUGGAGUCUUCGGCAGCUUUAGUUCUCUGUUGUUACAGGCUGAUUGACAGCAAGGUAAAGCUCUGAAACGAUUAUAAAUAUAGUGUGCACUUAAGCUGAUAUUGAUUAUUUAUGGCAGUAAUUACUUGAGUCCCGUGUUGGUACUCUGCCUAAUCAUAUCUGGUGGUGUGCUGACUAGCAUCUACUAUAGACACUACACUAACUAUGGACAAGUACCUCAUACAACCACACUUCAAAUAAUCAGAAAUCUCACUUCGUUAUAACUCCACACUUCCAGAUUUCUUUUCAUUUUCUGACUCUUCA